AAAAACCCAACACACCCCAAUGCCAAAACGCUCUCAGACUCAGUCUCAGUUCUAUGCUUAGUGCUGUGUUUCUCUUCUUUCAACGCGGCGCUACCAAUUAAUAACUGUGGCACGACGUUGAUGUUGAUGAUGGGUUUUUUCUCCGCUGACCAGUGACCCACUCGCGCGGCGGCGGCGCGUCCUAAAUGUCUGUCAUCGAAACCCCCGCCGUCCAUCACCGUCACCCCUCGAAGCGCAAAUUCGACGAUGACGAAGAAGAAUUAUCGGACCUAGUCUGUGUGAGGAUGAGGAAAGACGAGCCGAAAGCGGUGACUUCAUGUUCGGGGGGUUCUGGUGUUUUGCAGUUCUUCGUUCGAAUGAUGUCGGAAGGGAACACGAUUGUGAUGAAGGCUUUUCCCGAGGACACCGUGAAAUCCAUUCACGAACGUAUACAAAGCAUGAAGGGAAUUCCUUUGUUCGAACAGAGGCUUAUCUACCGUGGUAAGCAGCUUCAAUCGGAGCAGACUCUCGCUGAGUGUUCCAUACAAAACGAUGUCAUCCUUCAACUUGUUGGUCGCAUGCGCAGCACCGAGUACCCUCAGGCUUGGCAGGUUAUAAACGACAUGAUUUCAAUCAUUUGUAGUUUAUGUAGGGGUGAGAUUGUUCCUGAUUCUUUGAAGACCAUCAAGGCUCUCAUAAGCAGUUACAUGAACAUGACCCCUAGGAUUGACAGUGAAUCAGCUUCUGGUUAUUUUCAGAUUUUUAUUUCUUCCAAUGCCCCUGCUGUGCUUGUUACGCUUUACCUCUCUCCCUAUUCAGGUAACAAAGAAUGUGCUGAUUCUUCUAUUAGGCAUUUGUUGACUUGUUGUCGUUCUAUGUGGUCUAAGGCAUUGCACACUCAGUGUGCCCGUAUGGUGUUGGCGUUUUGUAAAUUGCUUAUGAGAGUAGGUUCCCAUGAUCCUUUAUAUCUCUCUUGUCGGAGUACUUUAGGGUCCUUGUUGGAAACCACCCAGGUCUCCUUGUUUGCUCUUGAUAAUGGUAAUGGAUCCUUCAAGGAUCAAGAUAUUUUCCCGGAAUGGAUCACUUAUCAUGAUAUUUUCCCCUUUGUUCGUGAGCUUGCAAAUAGCUUGUUGAGGGAUUUGGAUUCGAGUAUGGAAUCCCCCUCUCGUGUGGGGCCUUUGAUCAAUGACGUUGCUGAUUUUUCCUCAUUCUUAAACCCUUUGAGGGAAGGAAUAGCGGCAAUGCGACUUCUCAGGAUUGACAAACACCAUAAUGACCUCUUGCUUGUGGAAGAGAUUGAAUACCUUCACCUUUUAUACAUUCAGUUAUUGAACAAAAUCGAUCAGUGCCUUCAAAAAAUGGGGCAAAGCAUGCCUAGCCAGGGAAUAAUGGAAGGGGAUAUUCUUUAUCCUGCAUGCUCUCAGUAUCUUUCCAUUAUCAAGGAAUUGUAUCAAAUUUCUAAGCUUUAUGAUGGUGCUGAAGAAAAACUUUGGAGCGUUUUGAAGCGUCAAAGAAGUGUGCUGUGUGUACUAAUCGUUAAAUAUGCAAAGAGGACUGACGAGCAUCAGUGGAUUCUCGAGCACAGGUGUGUGACAAAUUUUGAGUCCAGGAGGCAUUUGGCGAUGAUGAUGUUCCCAGAGGUAAAAGAAGACUAUGAGGAGUUACAUGAGAUGCUUAUUGACAGGUCUCAGUUAUUGACUGAAUCUUUUGAAUACAUAGCACGAGCUGAGCCUGAAUCUCUGCAUGCUGGCCUUUUUAUGGAAUUCAAAAAUGAGGAAGCUACUGGCCCAGGUGUACUAAGGGAGUGGUUUCUUUUGGUAUCUCAAGCAAUAUUCAAUCCACAAAAUGCUUUAUUUGUUGCAUGCCCAAAUGACCGAAAGAGAUUUUUCCCCAAUCCUGCAUCUAAGGUACAUCCUCUGCACCUUGAGUACUUCAGCUUCGCUGGCCGAGUUAUUGCAUUAGCUCUGAUGCAUAGGGUGCAAGUGGGUAUUGUUUUUGAUCGUGUGUUUUUCUUACAAUUGGCUGGAAAGAAUAUUACUUUAGAAGAUAUAAGGGAUGCAGAUCCUUGCCUGUAUAGUAGCUGCAAGCAAAUAUUGGAGAUGGAUUCUGGUUUUGUUGAUUCAGAUGCAUUAGGAUUGACAUUUGUUAGAGAGGUGGAGGAAUUAGGACACAGGAAAGUGAUUGAGCUCUGCCGUGGUGGGAAAAGCCUUGUUGUUGAUAGUAAGAACAGGGAGAAUUAUAUUGAUCUUCUCAUAAAGGAUCAAUUCGUAACAUCCAUAUCUGAGCAGGUGUCACAUUUUGCCAAAGGUUUUGCCAGUCUUCUUUCAAACUCAAAGCUCCAGCAGUUCUUCUUUCAAAGUUUAGAGCUCGAAGAUCUUGAUUGGAUGCUGUGUGGGAGUGAAGAUAGCAUUUCUGUUGAAGAUUGGAAAGCACACACUGAGUAUAAUGGCUAUAAAGAGACAGAUAUUCAGAUAUCUUGGUUUUGGGAGAUUGUUGGGAGAAUGACAGCGGAACAAAGGAAGGUUCUUCUAUUCUUUUGGACAUCUGUGAAAUAUUUACCGGUUGAAGGUUUCCGGGGUUUGGCUUCCCGUCUCAACAUUUACAGAUCCCUUGAACCUGGUGAUCGCCUUCCUUCUUCUCACACAUGCUUUUACCGGCUGUGUUUCCCUGUUUAUUCAUCUAUGGCUGUCAUGCAAGAUCGUCUUGAAGUCAUUACUCAAGAACACAUUGGCUGCAGUUUUGGUACUUGGUGAAUGAAGACACCUGCAAUCUGGAUACAAGUGGUUUUGACUGCACAUAGAGUUAUCGUUACUCAGCUUUUGUACAGAUUAUAGGAGUCUUCCUUCUAUUCUCUCAUUGGAUGAUGUGAGAAGGUUCCCCAUGCAAUGUCAUUGGUCUAUGUCAAAUGUUUAUAUGGAUAAAAUAUCAAUAAAACAGGAUUGUAGGAAAGAAAAUUCGCUAUUUGUAUGAUCUAUCAUUCUAGUGGAUAGCUGUUAGUUCGUCAUGCCAUGCAGACGGGGAAUAUGCCCACCAAAUUAUUUGUCUUUCUCUAUGAUGAUCGGGUUACCGCUGAGGUUUACUCACUUCCCCAUCCCCCUCCCCUUGAAAAAAGAGAAACAACAAAACUUCAAGCUAACUGUCUUUGUUUAAAAUUUUUUACAGGUCAAAGGAGAAUUUUUUGA